AUUGUUUUGAUGCGCUAUUUUAAUUUGUGCGAAUUUUGUGUUUAUUGCUGACGCAUUAAAUGGAAUAAUCAACGCAACCAUGAUUUGCCGUCUGUGCCUGAACAGCGCAAGCGACACCAUUCAAAUAUUUGAGGGCGUCGGCUUGUCCCUGAACGUAGCAACAGUGCUGGCCAAGUAUUUCUGGUUUCAGCCGAAAAGCGAUGAUCCCAUAUCGACGGACAUUUGUGUGGGCUGCUGGGCGCGUGUCAGCGACUUUAACGAGUUCUAUGCCAGCGUGGAAAAAGCGCAUCGUCUGCUCACCGAGAGAUUCUCUAUCAAAGGCGGCGAACAGCCGGAGCGGAUUACUACAAGCAGCAGCAGUUCGGUAGCAGGCGAGCAGAAGCAGGAAAAGCAGGAGGACACAAAAGACUUUCCUCUGCACAGCGAAUGCGACGCCGAGGAAGACUUGGCUCAGGAGAACGACCAUGCUGUGGAGGCAAUGUACGCCAGCGGCAGCGAGAGCGAUGCAGCUGCAUCAUUCAGCAACGAGCAGUUCCUCAACGAUGUGCUGGCCCAGCAGCAAGAUGCUGAUGUGCAUGCAACAGACUCGCCCGAUAUGCCGGACCAAGCCGCGGCACCAGGAGCUGUGCAAGAGCGUCGUGAAACGCGCUCAACGCGCGCCAAAAGCAAAGCCCAACAAGCUGCUGAGACUGCUGCAGCUGAGCAGCCUGUGUCGGCCAAGCGCCGAGGUAGGUCGAAGCCCGAGAAAAUCAACCCAAGCGCCGAGGAAUUGCCAAAGAACAAACGCUAUGCAGAUUACAAGAAAUCCAUGCUGGAGAUCGAUGAAAAGAUAGCGCAACAUAUGCGGCUCACCUGCAGCAUUUGCCACGAGGGACAGGAGACGUUUCUGCUGCUCUGCAAGCACAUGAUGCAGGUGCACCAUCGCAAGGGCUAUGCGGUGUGCUGCAACAAGAAGUUCUACAAACGUUCCUUUCUCACAGAUCACAUUGAUCGCCACUCGAACCCCGAGAAAUUUAAGUGCGAGCUCUGCGACAGAACCUUUGCAGACAAACAGUGCCUGCGCAAUCAUGAGCUGCUCAAGCAUCAGCCGGACGAGCAGAAGAAGUUCAUGUGCGAGCAUUGUCCCAAGCGCUAUACAAAGCAGUAUUUAUUGGAUCAGCAUAGAAUUAUACACAAGGAGCGCAACGUGCCUUGCGAUAUAUGCGAGCGGCGAUUUCCCAACGUUUCAAUGCUCUGCACGCACGUCAAGAUGGUGCACGGCAACUAUGGCACCAUGUGCGACAUAUGUGCCCAGGUGAUACGAGGACGCGCUGCUUUUCAGCGCCAUCAGCUGGAGCAUGCUGGCAUUACGGAGCCCAAGGUGCAGUGCGACAUAUGCGGCUCGUGGCACAAGAACAAAUAUAGUCUAAAGAAGCAUGUGCGACGGCACAACGGCUCCUCCGAGGAGUGCACCUGCAGCAUAUGCGGCAAGGUGUCGCCCAACCGCAGCGCCAUGCUCAGCCACCAGCGCUAUGUGCACAACGCGGAUCGGGUCCAUGGCUGCAGUGUGUGCAAUAAGAAGUUCAAAAAGGCCAUCAAUCUCAAGGAGCACAUGGCCACGCACACCGGCGAGGUGCUCUACAAGUGUCCGCACUGUCCGAAAACCUUCAAUUCGAAUGCCAACAAGCAUUCGCAUCGAAAAAAGUGCCAUCCCAAGGAGUUCGAGGAGGCGCGCAAGGCCCGCAUGCAAAAUCGCAUGGGCGACAACACAAGCCCAAGCAAAUCUCAAACGAGCCUGAUAACCAUUACCACGGGCGAGACCGACGGCGAGCUGGAGACGCACAAUAUACUCGUAACCACGACGGCGGAGCACAGCGAUGGUGAUUUCAAGGGCGAGGACAUUGAGUUCAUGCUCACACUCAGUCCACAGCCGGCGGAAUAGACAAUCUGUUUACUAUUUA